AUGUUCGGCCGAGGAAUGUCUUUCGACGAAGGAUAUGAGACAAAGAGAGCCUGUCUGGACCAUCAGAACGCCGCGUCCGUUUGUUUGGAGAGUCGGAGAGAUGGACAUUUACAAUCCUUAAUCCUACUCAUGAUGGUCGUUUUGAAGUUGUGCGCCCUGGUCGCUGCUCUGGUACCAUUCUUAGUUCCAGUCGAUGCGGGUAAGAAGAUCUUCUGCUACUACAGCAGCUUCGCCCAGACGCGGAAUGGAAUUGGUAAAUUCCUCCCCGAGAACAUCGACCCGUUCCUGUGUACCCACAUGAUAUUCGCCUUCGUCGACAUCUCGCCCAACGGUCGCGACCUCAUCGCAUUCAACUGGAACGACGUCGGUGACAACGGUCUGUACCAGAGGACGAUCAGCCUGAAACAGAAGAACCCGGCGUUGAAGGUCCUCCUGGCGGUGGGGGGCUGGCAGAUCGGAUCCAAGCCGUUCAUACCCAUGAUCAGCAACGACUACAACAGGCGGGCCUGGGUCAAGAACGUCAUCAAGUACCUCAGAACUUUCAUGGCACUGCAGAAAUGGGAGAUCUUCUCCAACUGUCGCGAUUACGUCAUGAACGCAGGGCCACACAACUUCGAUGGGUUUGACAUGGACUGGGAGUUCCCGGCUACCCGUGGAUCACCCCCCGAGGACAAGUACCGGUUCACCACACUCAUGAAGGAACUGUACAGCGAGUUCAAGAGAGAAGCCCAGGAAACCGGCAGAGCGAAACUUUUAUUGACGCUAGCAGCGGCUUCCGGAACCUACUACAUCAGUCAGUGCUACGAACCGAAAAAGAUCAUCAAGUACGUUGAUUUCAUGUUGCUGAUGACGUACAACUACCACGGCCAAUGGGAGAAAGUGACCGGUCACCACAGCGCCCUCUGGAAACAUAGAGAUGACCCUCCAGGCGAAAAGAGCGAAUUGUUUCAAAACUGGUCCAUCGACUACUGGCUGCAGGAGGGUAUGGACAAGGACCGACUGGUGGUGGGUAUCGCCACGUACGGAAUGAGUUUCACCCUGGCCAACCCCCACCAGAACGGCGUGUUCGCCCCCGUCAGGGGCGGAGGGAGGAUGGGUAAAUACACCAGCGAGACAGGCAUCUUGUCCUACUACGAGAUCUGCGAGAACAUCCAGCAGCACGGCUGGAAGACAUCUUGGAUCGACGACCAGGGAGUACCGUACGCAUACGGCGGAGACCAGUGGGUGGGAUUUGAGACAGAAGACAGCUUGAAACUUAAGGCCGACAACAUCAUCAAGCGAGACUUGGCCGGCGCCUUCGUCUGGUCGGUAGAGAUGGACGACUUCACCGGACACUGCGGUCAGGGCAAGUACCCGCUUCUGAAGACCAUCACCAAGAUCCUCAAACCGUACCGCCACUCCGCCAACACCGCCGACGCCACGACGACGCCGCGCUGGAAGAACACACGUCGCCAGGACACGCCGUCCUCGCAGCAGAAGUGGACAAGGAAACCAGCUGGCAUCAAGCGACCAAGAUGGCAGAAAUCUCCAUGGGCGAAACCCACGAGCAAACCGGAGAACUCUUGGAAUCUCUCCAAGCCGAAGAAUUCCUGGACGCCGACCAGCAAGCCAGAAAGUUCUUGGACCCAGAAGACGGAUAGACCCUGGUCUCCUGCUGCCGAGUCGAAGAAGCCGUGGAACCCGACGGUGACGAGGAAACCGUGGCACAAGAAGUCCAAGAACCCAUGGAACAGGACGAAGAGCUCGUGGCAGCAGAAGAGGAAGCAGAAGUCGUCGAGGAAACAGUGGACGAAGAAACAGUGGUCGAAGCCGUCCCCGACCAAGACCCCGUGGCAGCCGAAGACGACGCCGAAACACUGGAACGCCCGUCCCACGGGCCGCCCGAGCAUCCCGAGACACCCGUACACGACGAGCAAGCCAACGAGGAAGAACCCGUGGCAGAACCCGAAACACACCAAUGCACCGUCUGCAGCUGGCAGCAGUGAUUGUAAGAAACUCGGCGUGGGUAUGUUCCAGGACCCGGCAUCGUGUGUCCGCUUCAUAAUGUGCCUACCUGGGGCCUGGAUGGACUAUGGGCCAAUCAGAAUGGACUGUCCGGCGGGGACGAGAUUUGACGAGCAUUUGAAGAUCUGUAACCAUGCCAACAGCGUCGAGUGCUGGGUGUGA